UAAUCCAGACCAAACUCACUCGGAAAGUGGACACAUUGUUUCCGCUGCUCUACGAGACCUCAUCAUAUCUAACUAUUUUCAGCCAAACAAGAAAUCAGUUCCAGAUCCACCUCUAGCCUACCAUGUCUGAACCAGGUUCUGAUUGUGGUGUUCCAGUCCAGAGAAGCUCACAGCGGGGUCCAGAGUUGCUGUCAGUGAAGCUGGGGGACUGCAGUCAAACAGUGGAACUCAAUGUGAUUGUCAAAGAGGAGGAGGAGGAGAGAGAAAUCAAUGAGGGGGAGGAGGAAGAGCGAGAGGAUGACAGGGACUCUGUUGACUCAGGAGAGAUCCCCAACCCAGACUCAGUCAACGAGCCCACUUCCACAGAAUCAAUACUACCACCUGGUUGUGGGAGUUACCCCUGUCCUCAAUGUGAGAAGAGUUUCAGUUCCUCAACUAACCUAAAGAAUCAUCAAAGAGUACACACUGGAGAAAAACCUUUUGACUGCUCAGCAUGUGGGAAGAGUUUCAGUGAGAAAGUAAACCUUAAGAGACAUGAGAGAGUACAUAGUGGAGAGAAGCCUUACCACUGCACCCAAUGUGGGAAGAGCUUCAAUCAUUCUGGAAGCCUUAAGGAACAUGAGAGAAUACAUACAGGGGAGAAGCCGUACCACUGCUCUCUGUGUGGAAAGAAUUUUCGUGUUCGCAGGAGGCCUAAAGAAUCAUCAGAGAUCACACAGUGGAGAGAAGCCUUACCACUGCACUCAGUGUGGGGAGGGAUUCACUCAGCUAAGAAGUCUUAAAAAUCAUGAGAGAAUACCCAUUGGAGGAAAGCCUGCCUGUUCUUUCAAUGUAAUUGUCCAAGAGGAGGAGGGUGAGAGGGACAUCAAUGUGGAGGAAAAGAGAGAAGUUGAGGGAGAGGAAGACAAAAGUGGUGUAGUAGACAGUGCAUGUCAGAGCAAAAACCAAACCAUGAGGUCGAAGGAAUUGUCCGUAGAGCUCCGUGACAGGAUUGUGUCGAGGCACAGAUCUGGGGAAGGGUACCAGAAAAUUUCUGCAGCAUUGAAGGUCCCCAAGAACACAGUGGCCUCCAUCAUUCUUAAAUGGAAGAAGUUUGGAACCACCAAGACUCUUCCUAGAGCUGGCCGCCCGGCAAAACUGAGCAAUCGGGGAGAAGGGCCUUGGUCUGGGAGGUGACAAGAACGUUACGGUAACCGUAUUACUGCCACACUGGGGUUCAUGAUGGCAGUCAAAUUCCACGUGACCAAUUAGGCUUCUCCGAGCUCUGAUGCAGCUGAUGGUCAUUAGUAGCCUACCAAACUUGCUUAAAAACCUCUAGUGACACCCCAUCCCGUGAACGGGACCGUUGUCAUCAUCUGACACUAAUUAGCAUA